AUGGAGGUGGCGGAGCCGGAGAGUGGCAUUGAAGGCAGCAUGAAGCAUCCGGAUCAUGACUUGGACCCAUCUGUGCAGUUUCUACCUGCAUCUGAUGAGAAGAAAUUGGAGAAAAGGAGCUUAUCAUUAAGGACAAUGCUGCUGAUUGGGCUGGUCGUAUUAGCAUCAGUCACUACACUUAUAGUAACAUUGCUCGUAUGCAACUUUCAUUUAAGAACAGGUGAAAAAAUAAGGAAGGUUUUUAGUGGCUCGAUGACUAUCGCCAGUCAGAGAUUUACAGACUCGUAUGAGGACAGUAACAGUCGUCAAUUUAAAGAGCUGGCAUCUCAGGUCUCCAAACAAAUGAAAGAUAUAUACAACAACGUCCCAUUAUUAUCCAGAUACUACAUUAGCUCCACCAUUCAAGCCUUUAGUGAGUCGAGUAAUGACAGUGUUGUAGCGUACUACCUGUCUGAGUUCAGCGUACCAGAGUCUCAGUUAUCUGCUGUGGAUGAAGCCAUCAGAUCCACAGAACAGAUUGGGGCACUCAGAAAAUCACGGAGAGUGAACCUAGAACACAAACCCACCAAUACCCUGCUUAUAUACAGCAUGAUGUCUGGAGCUGUGGAUGCUCGCUUCAUUAACUCUUCACUGAAUAGUCACUAUAUGGAAUCCCAUCACUCUCACCCAGGAAAGACUGGCAUUAUCCAGUCUCCAGGCUUUCCAGAUACUCCGUACUUUCCCAACAUGUACACUGAGUGGCAGCUCCGUGCUGACCCUAACCACAGAGUCCAGUUAGAGUUUAUUGCUGUAGAUCUGGAGGACGACUGUCGUAAUGACUUUAUCCGGGUGUAUGAUUCUCUUGUUCCCACUGAGAGUCAGGUGAUAACAGAGGAAUGUGGAAACAUCACACCCAAUAAGAAGCUGGUGUUCCUCUCAUCUGGAAACGUCAUGUUAGUUACACUAGUCACAAAUGAAGAGAAAAAUUUCCCAGGCUUCAGGGCGCAAUACUCUCAGGUUGCGGCCGAAAUCCCAGGGUGUGGUGGGAAACUAACGGGAAUGAAAGGCACCUUCACUUCUCCAGGUUUUUCGUCCCAUUAUCCUCCUCAGAUCCAGUGUGUUUGGGAUAUUGAGGUUUCAACAGGAAAACAAGUCAUGCUAAAUUUCAGCAGGUUUUCUAUGCAUGAGCCUGGACAGAGUCCCAAAAACUGUACUAAAGAUUACGUGGAGAUCAACAGCAACAGAAUGUGUGGAUCACAACCUACAAACAAAGUUCACGUCUUUGAGAGCAGCAAGUUAACCGUGAAGUUCUUCUCUGACAUGUCCUACGUCGAUGAGGGCUUUUUUGCACAGUUUGAGGCUUAUGAUCCCCAUCAUUUUUGUCCUGGGAGGUUCCAGUGUGACAAUCGUGUGUGUAUUGAUUCUAAGCUUCAGUGUGAUGGCUAUAAUGACUGUGAAGACAUGAGCGAUGAGAAGGAUUGUGUCUGUGAGGAAUUUUACUUCAGAUGUAAGAACGGCCUCUGCAAGCCCAAGCACUUUUUCUGUGAUGGAGUGGAUGACUGCGGAGAUAACACAGAUGAGGAGAACUGUGGUCACUGUGAAGCUGGGCAGGUCGACUGCCGGAACGGCAGAUGUGUCUCUGAGCAGAAAAAAUGUGAUGGACAUAAUGACUGUGGGGAUGGAACUGAUGAAUCAGAGUGUGCCAAAGCUAUAGUUUUAAGCUGCUCUGAGUUCACCUUCAAGUGUAAGAAUGAAGAGUGUAUCAGUAAGCAGAAUCCUCGAUGUGAUGGAGAGAAAGAUUGUGACGAUGGUUCGGAUGAAGCAGACUGUGAUUGUGGUACGGUACCAUACAAGAGCUCUCGCAUUGUGGGUGGUGAGAUUGCCGGUGAAGGCGAGUGGCCCUGGCAGGUCAGUCUCCACCUUAAGGGCGAAGGUCAUGUGUGUGGAGCGUCUAUUAUCAGCAACAGCUGGAUUAUCACUGCUGCACACUGUAUACAUGAGACUAACAGAUAUUCUCAGGCGGAGCAGUGGGAGGUGUACCUAGGUCUGCACACUCAGGGUGAAUCCAACACAUGGACAGUACAGAAGAGUGUGAAGCAGAUCAUCUGCCAUCCCGCCUACAACCCCGUCAGCUUUAAUCAUGACAUCGCUCUGAUGAAGCUGGACAGCUCGGUGAUCUUUAACCAGUACAUCUGGCCCAUCUGCCUACCUUCAGCCACACGUGUCUUACCUGUUGGUCAGUCUGUGUGGAUUUCAGGCUGGGGCAAAACCAGAGAACAUGGAAAUUUAGCAACAGUGCUUCACAAAGCAGAGGUACGCAUCAUCAACGACACAGUCUGCCAUCAGCUAAUGGGUGAUGAUAUCAGUCCAGGAAUGAUCUGUGCAGGCCUUCUCACUGGUGGUGUGGACGCCUGUCAGGGUGACUCUGGCGGGCCGAUGUCCUACAUGGACCCGGGCAGCAAGCGAUCGUUUUUAGUUGGAGUGGUUAGUUGGGGGGAAGGCUGUGGUCAGAGGGAGAAGCCUGGCAUCUAUACACGGGUUACCAAAUACCGCAACUGGAUCAGGGAAAAGACUGGGCAUCCGUUGGGGAGCUAGAGGUGGCAGAGAUGAGGAUGCUGCCACCAGCUGUGAGGAUGCUGUGAGGAUGGACAAGAUUAGGAGUUGAUAGAUCCAGUUAAAAUUGUAAAUCAUUUAUGAUGCCUUUUACUGUAUUAUGUCAUUGUAAUUGGAUCGUUUUAAUCAGUAUGUGUAGUCUGUAUGUAUGUCAAAUAUGUGUUUUCAUUGUCAGGGAUUUUUAAAUUGAACUGGUGCUGCUGUUUCUUAAUAAAAUGUCAAAUGAAGUGAAUUAGAACCAGCUUCUUUAUUUAUGUGCCUUUGUGUUUCAUUAUUUUUAUUUCACAAUUUUUAUUUAAUUAAAUUGUAGGGGUUAGACAACCUUGCCCAAUAUAUACAGUGGCAUUUUACUUUUUUAUAUUCUCACAAUUUUACAAUGUGCCUUAUUUCUGUACAACCUUCU